AUGAUUGCGCCAAACUCGAACGUUACGCCCGUAUUCCAUUUCCAUGCUGACCUGACCUUAGAUGUUGGUGAAUCCAAAACCUGUUCUAUUAAAUUCGCCAAAAAAUGCUCCGUUGUUGGAUUUGGAAUCGUCAUUGGCAAACGCGAAGUUUCAGAAGACCUUGCAAACGGCACCAUUAAAAAUCUAAUUGUGACCCUCCAACAUUUGGACUAUGACCCUUUGAGUAAGCAACAAACACAGUUCAAGGCGCAAUACAAAGUCAGUGGGCGCAAAAACUUGGCCAAUACCUUUGGCCUGUUCCAACUUGGACGCGAAGUGCUCCUCUCUGGAAACAUCUGCGGCUAUGACAAAGAUAAAUUUAUGUGGACUAUCAAUACCAUAGCUGUCUCGAUUGCUUCCGGUCAUCAAACCAGCGGAUCACUUCAGAAUCUGGCCCCUGGCAAAACUCUCCCGGUCCGCCAGCGUCCUGGAUUGAUCUCAUUAGAAGACCGGGGCAGUACCAGUUCGAAACCGAUUCAGAUCAACGACAAAGCCGAGGCGGUCAGUCACAACUUGCCCACUUCUGAAUCAGCUCCUGUCACUGGCAAAGGUAAUUCCCAGAAUUAUUACAAGACCGUCCUCAGCACAGCCUCCAAAAAGAGGACUAGGAAAGAUAUCCUGGCUGACGCUAAGCGUGCCAAAAAGGACCUGUGCUCGCCGGCAGACACAAUGCCCGUAGUUCCGGAAGUCUCAAAGAGCUAA